AACAAUUUUCAUUUCGAAUUUUAUAGAGGGAGGAGAGAGAGAGAGAGCAGAGGAGUGAAAAGGUGUAGGAGAGAUUGACAUCCUUUGGAUUACAUCAUCAGGAACAACGGAUUCACCAUGUCGAAGAAACGGGGACUUUCGUUAGAGGAGAAGCGGGAGAAGAUGCUUCAGAUAUUUUACGAGUCUCAAGACUUCUUCCUGCUAAAGGAGCUCGAGAAGAUGGGGCCUAAAAGGGGUGUAAUUAGUCAGUCUGUGAAAGAUGUUAUCCAGAGUUUAGUUGAUGAUGAUCUCGUCGCAAAAGACAAGAUUGGGAUUUCUAUCUACUUUUGGAGCCUUCCCAGCUGUGCUGGCAAUCAACUUAGGAGUAUUCGCCAGAAACUUGAAUCUGAUCUUCAGGGUUGUAAUAAAAAGCUAGCAGAACUUAUUGAUCAGUGUGAUGCUCUAAAGAAGGGAAGGGAAGAAACAGAGGAAAGAACAGAGGCUUUGGCGCAACUUAAAGAAAUUGAAAAGAAGCACAAAGAGCUGAAGGAUGAGAUGGUACAAUUUGCUGACAACGAUCCAGCUACCUUAGAGGCAAUGAGGACUGCAAUUGAAGUUGCUCACCAAUCGGCUAACAGAUGGACAGAUAACAUCUUCACAUUGCGACAGUGGUGUUCAAACAACUUCCCCCAGGCCAAGGAACAGCUCGAACAUCUUUACACAGAGGUGGGUAUCACUGAAGACUUUGAUUACAUAGAGCUAUCUUCAUUCCCGUUGAGCUCAUCCCAUGAUCCCGAUACUUCAAAGCAGCUGCUAGUAGAAGAUGAAGCUUAGUUCCAAUACUUUCCAGCAUAGCUUAAAUCCUAUCCUUUAAGUUUCUCGUUCUUUAUCAGUAGUCCUUAAGGUUGCAAUGGUCUGUCAUUCAAAACUCGUUCACCACAGUUUUGUGGUUAACUAAGAUUCUCACUGCCUCUGAUUUUUCGGUGUAUAUUUCGGCUAAUAUCCAAUGUUGGCUUUGUCAUG